AUGGCAAAGAACAUUCCUGCGCUAGAUGAUUCCUUGGUUCCUCCACCCAAUGAUGCCAAAGGCAAUAUGGAGGAAGCCUCAUCCAGCUCAGAACAGACGGACAGCCACUUUGAGGAUGACUCCCCCCCUGCAGCCAUGCCUCCAGAAGGAAAUGAAAUGGUGGAUGUCUCCAACCAACCAAAGCAAGAGCAGGACAAGGGCAGUUCUGCUCUUCAGAACAAGAUGCCAGAUCCUUCCUUGGAGUCACUGAACGUUAAUGAUACCUCAAGCCUGUUGGCCCAAGGAGAGGAGGCCAGCCAUCUUGAGUGCCAUGCUGAGAUACCUGAUGCCUUUUUGGAGCUACCAAGUCAUACUGGAACCUUAGCCCAGCUCAGCCAAGGGGAGGAGGACAGUUGUGAGAAGGACCCAGUUGUGCCUGCAGAGGCCCUGGAACCGUUGGAACUUGGGCAAGAGGCAAAAGGAAAUCCUCUUGCUGAUGAUGGGGGUCCCUCAGACAUUUCUUCAGAGCAACAGAAAUCUGGCAGCAACUCAAGUCAACUGGACAUAAGGGAGGAGAGUGGCACUGAGGGCAGCCAUGGCCAACCUCCAGGAUCCCCAGGACAAGCAGAACUUGCUGGUAGCCCCAAACCAGUAGCCUGCAAUGGAGAGAACAGCCCAACCAGUCAUGCUGCUGUGGCUUUGCAGGACUCCCCCGGUGAGUCACUUCUUGGGACAGAUUCUCCAAAGCAGCCACAGGAGGAUGAUCAUUUAGUCUUCCCUAGCCACCCUCCCAGUUCUGUGGCCUCGAAUGAGCUAUUCCUUGCUGCCAAGAUUAAUGAAGACAUCAAGCCUGGCUGCCAAGAAACUGCAGGGAGCAGUGAGGAGGAAAGAACUUCCAGUGAGCAGGGACACCUGUCUCUAGCUUCAAAGGAAAAGCAGGGUAACCUGAACAGGGAGAUCCCACGGGAGGGCUCAGCGGACAAGUUCCAGGCGAAGGAGGAGCAGUUCACCCAAGACACUCCCUGUGCCCCUGCUGCAUCUUCCCUGGCACUGGCAGAUGUCGACCAGCAGAGGGCAGCAAUCACAGCUCCCCAGGUGCCGGCAGCCCUGCCAACUCCGUCUCCUGUGGCAACUAGUCACACUGACGGACCUGCCCACCAGGGCCUGGCUGCUGCGUGUGACGAGCAAGGCAGGGAAGGGCUGGCUAUUCGUGAAUCAAGCACAGCCGACAGAGACAAGAGUAAGCUCCAGGGUGAGGCUGGCACCCAGGCUGAGCUGGAAUCUGAGAGGGAAGGGCUCGAAGCAACCAGGGACGCGAAGGCUGAGGAAACCGCCAGGCACCUGGAGGGUGCCAAGCAUCUCACUGCUGCCAAAGACCCGGAGAAAGAAUUGCCUGGCCGAGAAAGGCCGACUGGUGCAAGGGACUCGGCUGGUGCCAUGGUUCUGGCAGGUGCUGAAGAUCCACUUGGUGCCAUGGCCAGAGCAGAUCCUCGGGAUUUAGCCAGUAGUGCGUAUCCAGAGGCUGCUUCAGAGCAUGCUGGCUCCCAUCCGAAUCCCGGCGAGGGGCUGCUGCUCGACCUUAAGGAACCUGCCAGCACUGAAGAUCUGGCAAGUGCCGCAGAACCAGCUUCUGCCAUGCCUGUUGCUCGAGAGCCCUCCUUGGCCAGCAGCUCAGGCUGGCCCUCAAACCAGGUGGCAAAUGUCCCCAGUCAUCCAGAGACCCCAAUAGAGAGAGAGAUCCGUCUACAUCUGGAACGGGAAGAGCUCCUGCGGCAGGAAAGGGGCCUGACCCGCUCCCGGGGCACCCAGGAGUAUGUGGAGGUGCGCAUCAAACCCAUCCUGAACCAAAGCAUGGUGUCUUCCACACUGCCCAAGGAGAAGGAGCGUCAGCGGGCUGGUGCCCAGAUGCAGCGGGAGAUCCAGCGAGAGUGCAGGCGCGAAGAGGACCUGGUGCAGCUGGGGAAGGUCAGGGGCGCCUACGACCGCGGCAUGCCCCAAGAACUGCAGCAGAAGAAGCUGCUCUUUGAACAGCACUCCAGCCCGGAGUGCCCGGCCUCCAGGAGGAUGGUGUGCGGCAGCAACAGCGCCGAUGAAGAGACGAGAGGGCCAUCAUUUGCCGAGGCGAACCUUGCGGCCAACGUGGUCAUCCUGAACUCUGGACCUCUGCCACGACCCCGGCAUCCCCCACCCGAGAGGACCUCUUCAGCCAGCCCCUUCUUCUCCUUGCGUGCCAAAAGUCCUCAGUCCCUGCUGGAGCAGGAGGUCCAGGAGGCCCAAGAACGGGAACAGGAGCUGCAAAGGCAGAGGUACAACCUGUAUGGCUCGGCAUUGCCCUGUUACCCAGCAGGGGACUCGGAUCAGGAGGAGGAGAUGCCUACCCAACCCGAGAGACCUUCCUGCAAGAAGCUGGACAUCACUUGGCCCCCUCCAAGCCCUUCUGAGACUUCCCAGGUGAAUGGCCUCCAUCAGCUGGAGAGAAGCCCUCGAAUGUUUCGUCGCCAGCGGAGUGCCUUAAUUCAGCGCUGGGAGUCAGGGGCUGUUGGCAACCAGGAGAAUCAGGAUUAGAGGUGGCUGCAGCAGAAGAGGCAGUGAGCUGCACCUCCAGGGAUAAGACACAGAGACACCCUGAUGCUGAACAUGCCACAUGAACACACCACUGGAGCCAAUUGUGUAUUCUUUCCACUCAGCCUUUUGAUUGGCAGUUGUUUCCAAAAGCUAUCUGUACAGCCUCUUGGGUCAAAGACAGAAAGAAAGCUCUGCCAUGCCCCAUAUUUUUACUUGGGACAAAGGGGGGAGACCAAGGGGCAGGCUCCAGAGCAUGGCUUACGAUUCUUAUUAGUUUCCCCUUUCACAUCUGGAUGGACCGAUGCUUCAUCUCAAGUGCUUUCCACACCCAGGUUUUUGGUUGGGUUUUCUUAGCCUAGACCUGUAUGGGCAUAUAUAUACUUUAAGCAAACUGCUGUCCUAUUUUUGGGGCCAUGCACUUUCUCCUUGUUGGUGAUUCAUAAGUGGCCACCCUAGGCAAGCUGCAGAGGUGGUUUAGGUGCAUGUGUAUACGUGGAAACCGUGCCAGCAAGACCUCUCCCUGUUGCAGCCUGGUAGAUAAUUGAUUGCAAAGGGCUAAUCGUCUUAUGUCAGAGCACCAGUUCCUAUAGGACCAUUUUGUCCUCAGGGGUGCCCAUAUCUGACAUGUCACGUGUUGGUUUUGUCCCUGGGUAUUCAUACUCAUAUAAUAAAAUUAAAAAGUCUCAUAGGAACCAGCCCACAAACAGGUUAUUAUGCUAUACCAUUUCACCAGGCUUGAAUCAUGGCAAAUAUUUACAACCCCAGAGCUGCCCUUUGGAGUAUGCUUUGCCACUGACUUUUUCAUUCAGAAGAUAAGACUGCCUCAGUCAAAGGAGAUGCCUCACUUUUUCAUGCCAGCAGAUUUUUUAAGUCUUCCAAGUAGGAGUGACUCCAAAUUACUGCCUUUUGUUAUGUGCUACAGGAAGAAUGGAAAGAACAAGGCAUCUGUGGAGUACUUGUCCCCUCAGUUUCUCCCACCAAUAAAAUAAAGAACAAUAGACAUUCCCCAGAGCUAGUAGAAAGCUGAGUAAAACCCAUUUCAGCAGAACUCUGUUGGUUUGCUUAUUUGUUUUAAAGUCAGAAGGACAGUGCAAGGAGAAGCUCAGACAGGCUUUGGAUAACACACCAAAGCUCAAGCAGCUGUUUGUAAAUAAAAAUUCAACCAUAUAUUACUUUCAAAAGAUCGUUAUAUAAUGAUUGUGAAGAAUGUAUUCUUGGCUACAGAAUUCCACUUUCUAUGAAUAUGAGUUUUCCUUCUUUAUGAAAAAGAAAAAUCAGGGAAAAAAUAGAGCCCUUAUGGUUACAAAGAUAGACUCAACAUUGUAUGGGCAAGAUCUGCUGAAAGCUCAGAAGCAGGAAUAAUUGUUUAAUAGAAUUUCCAAGGAUCACAUGGAGGGACUAGUAACUGUAUGGCCUUUCCUAUAAUUCCCAGGACAAUAAAUUGUGCAGAACAGCAACAAAUGUUUAAAAUUUCAGAAUAAGUGUGCCAAGUAUGAAAAAAAUACUCACAAUUGCUUGAAUUACAUAAUUAAAUUCAACUUUUAUUUUCAUUGAAUGUGAAUUACUUUCAUAUACAUCUGUCCUAUUUUAUAGCCCCCUAUUUGAAAACCUUUCAGAAGAUGAUCCUCUAUUGAAAGCAUUCUUUGUAUCAAAUAGUCCAAAU